GAAUGAGUGAAUGGAUUGAGUGCUGAACACGUGUAGUGAUUGUGUGAUUCACUCCACUCACAGUCGAUGUCAACAAAAACAGUAUUGUUUUGACAUUUGGUUUCAUUCCUCUUACAAAUCAGUGGAGAAAAGCAUUGAUUGUGAUAAUAAUGGCCGACGAGAAGACUAAGAAGACUUUGAGUUCUAUACCACUCAUGAAGACUAAGUCCGGUCCGCGAGAUAAGGACUUAUGGCCACAAAGACUCAAAGAGGAGUACCAGUCGUUGAUUCAGUAUGUGCAGCAAAACAAGGAUAACGACAACGAUUGGUUCCGAUUGGAGUCCAACAAAGACGGCACCAAAUGGUUUGGCAAGUGUUGGUUCAUUCAUGAGCUCAUCAAAUAUGAGUUCGACAUUGAGUUCGAUAUUCCGGUCACGUAUCCGACGACAGCCCCUGAGAUAGCGAUUCCCGAAUUGGACGGCAAGACAGCGAAGAUGUAUAGGGGAGGGAAGAUCUGUACGAGCGAUCACUUUAAGCCUCUGUGGGCCAGAAAUGUGCCCAAAUUCGGUAUCUCUCACGCCAUGGCUUUGGGGUUGGGUCCGUGGCUGGCGGUGGAAGUGCCGGAUCUCAUCAUCAAAGGUUUGGUCAAAGAGAAACAGCAUCAAUGACUUCCAUAAUUAGCACAAAGAUUUAUAUAUUUGUUUGGUUUUUAAAUAAAUGUGUUUUUUGUUACGAUUUAUUUGUUACAUAAUUGUAUGCACUUUUCAGAUAUGUUAUUGAUUUUUGUCGGCC